AGUCACAUUCAUUUAAGACAAAGUAGAUAAGAAUAAGAAAAAUCUUAGAAAGAAAGAAAAAUGCCCUGCCUUUAUCUCUCUACCAACGUCAAGCUAGAUGGAGUUAACAUUGAUCCCAUCUUUACUGAAGCCACAACUGCUGUCUCUACUAUCACAGGAAAACCAGAACAGUUUGUGAUGGUUUUAUUGAAGGGAUCAGUUUCAUUAAUGUUUGAACAUAACAAAGAACCAGCUGCAUAUGGUGAACUAGUUGCAAUGGGUGGCAUAAAUUCCAAAGUGAAGAAGGAUCUGAUUGAUACCAUUGGCACAAUAUUGGAGAACAACCUAUCUAUACCAAGAACAAGAUUUUUUCUCAAAGUAUUUGACACAACACUUCUUAAACAUGAUAAUAAUCACUCAAAACUCUAGUGAUUGUCUCGUCUCGUGUUUUGUUGCAUCUUCUCAAGUAAUAAUUGAUGAGUGGCAUAAUGGCAUUUUAAGGAUAAAUACCCCAUUUGCCAUGCCUUUUACAUCAUAAUAAAAAUGCGUAUGACCACUAAAAUAAGAGUAUUAAAUAGAACAGUAUUAGACAGUUUUUUGUACUUCAAUGUAUUUGAUGAUUGAUGUACUGUACCAUUUUUUUUACUCAAUUUUAUUUGAUAUGUUUCUGC